AUGGCCGCACUGGUCCAAACGAUUCCACAGCAAGCCGGCACCAUUACCUUGCUGCAAUCCCGUCCUGCGUCUUCAUCCUCCUUCACUACCCCCAUACAGCACCAGUCGCAAGUUCAGAACCAGACCCAAAUGGCCCGGAAUCAGAAUCACACCCGCCCUUCAUACAGCGGCGGAAAUGGGCCCUCUGCCCCUACCGGUUACCGAAUGACCCAGCCAGUUGCCCCAUACGCCUUCACAACCACUCCUGGGCUGCCAGUUGGUGGCAGUCCAGCUGCAAACGUCCAACGACAGACUCAGGCUCAAACCCAACCCCAAACCCAAAAUCAGAAUCAGAACCAAAACACUCUCUACCCUGGAACCAUCCCUCCACGCACUCACUUCUCUACUGCUGGCUCGGUAUCCAAUUCAGUAUCCAAUUCACCUUCCUCUAAUUCUUCCUUUCAUUCACAUCUCUCCAAGGACGACUCCUCGCUUCCCAGACGCCAAGGCACCUCCGAGCUGAGUCUUCGCCCUGCUUCUGCGAUCGAUCUCACUCUUCCUGCGUCCCUUCCUGCAGCUUCAACGCCGAGCAAACCGUCUCCGGACAGAUAUCGCCGUGGUCAACGCCGUGGAGACCAGGCUUCCUCCCCCGUCACUACUACAGAACCCAAUGCCUCUAGCUCUCUGGGCCUGCUCAACAACAACAUUGGCAUGACAACGGCCCAGGCUGCCAAAUCUCUCACUCCUUCAAUCGUCGACAUCCCAGGUAAACCACGCACACAAACUGCACGCCAUACCCGCGGAGCCAGCGCGGAUGCUGCCGUGACGGAUGAUUCCAGCCCUUCUAGCACCGAACUCGCGAAGCGAUACCGGCGCAGGAGCAUGGGUAGCAUCGAAACUGUUGGAUUCAUCAACUUUCCCGACUCUCACCCCUCUCCCCAUGCAAAUGAGAUGGCUCUCUCUGAAUUCCCCCUGAGUGGCACACCCCCACCACCAAACGCUGCCGAUUCCGCCUCCGUCACUUCCUCUUCCGGUUCAAAACCUCCACUUCCCAACCCAACAAAAAAAACAACCCCUGCCUCGAUCGCUCGUCCUGCGGACACUCCAAAGCGUUCGAGCACUCCAUCUCCAUUAUCCAAGCCAGUUAAUAUUGAUACUGAUGAGACUUUAAUGCCCACGACGUCCUCCAAACCCACAUCUGAAACGAGAAACCAGACACCAAAUGUUACUGACACCCCAAGCCCUGCGGCCAAACGCCUUAUCGAGAUAUCCAAGAAGGGCCAAGGAAAGGGAAGCAAGUCACGACUACGGCGUGCCCUUUCGUUCAGUAGUGUUGCGGAACUUCGUGGUAUCUCCACUCCCGAGCCAACUGUCAGCGCUCCCCGUAAACAACAGCUUGAUGAAGAGCUGGGUCCCGAGCAAGCUGCCAUUGCGGCCAAGCAAGAGGCCGGUGGGCUAGGCGAGAGUAUCUACUCUGGUCAGGGCAACAUCUUCACUGGCUCUACUGAUAACAUAUCAGUCUCUUCUACCGCCUCGUCCGCGUCCAUCAUGCUCCGCAAAAUGGGCAAUGGCGUCAAACGAUCUACAAGGUCUCUCGUUGGCCUUUUCCGCCCCAAAUCUGUCUAUAACACACCCACAGACACGUCCAGGAUUGCUGCUCCCGUCCCGCAAGUCUCCAUGGUAACAGUGGAAGCCCAGCGGGAUGCUGUCGGCAAAGGGCCCCCAGUUCUCCCUGAGGUUAGCGUCGCAAGGCAAGAGAUUGCAUCAGAGCGACGGUCUGUUGAGUCGGAUGCUAGUGGAAAUGCAGAUCGAAAUGCCAGAAAGAGCAUCUUCGGCGGCGACCAGGAACGCGCUGAGGUGCUGGCCGCAGUUAGAAAGGGUAUCCUCAAAAAAUCAGGCACCAACUCCUCAAACUCAUCCCCGAACCUCCGCCCCACAACAGAUCUUGCGCCUGUUCCCACUCUCCAACGCCCUGUAUCCCAACGCUCCAGCAGUGCCCCUAGUAGUUCCGCCGGUGACCGCCCUCCCCGCUCUGGUCAUCGACGCACCGACUCUGUCACCAUUGAGGGAGAAGACUAUUUCCUCCCUGCUGGCCGCUUUACCACCUCUGGCCAAAGUGCUCCCGGCACCCCACAGUCUACCACCGGUAGAAACAUUCUUUCAGUCCUCGAAUUCAGUUCCACGAUACCUGGCCAGUGGCGAGUAUGA